UUUCUCAAUAUAAUAUCUCUCCCACCCGAAGCCCACUCCGUCGUUACAGUCCCCAGGAAUAUCUGACUGCCGCAAGAUUCACUCCCAGAGAAGAAAAUGCAGAGAAGCACGCCCGUGAGGAAGCCAAACACUUCCACUUCAGAUCUUCUCACAUGGUCGGAAGCUCCUCCGACAGAUUCCUCCGCCACUGUGACCGGCCUCCGGUCUCGUCAGCCGUCCGAUAAAAUCAGCAAGGUGCUUCACGGAGGCCAGGUCACCGAGGAUGAAGCACGGAGUCUCGAGAAGACAAAACCAUGCUCCGGGUAUAAGAUGAAAGAGAUGACUGGAAGUGGCAUAUUUUCAGCUAGUGCUGAAGACAGUACAUCAGAAGCCAAAUCUGCUUCGAAUAGCAAAACUGGCAUCCGAAUGUAUCAGCAAGCAAUGACUGGAAUUAGUCAGAUAUCUUUCAGUACUGAAGAAAGUAUUUCACCAAAGAAGCCUACCUCACUACCUGAGGUAGCUAAGCAGCGCGAGCUGAGUGGGACAUUGAAAAGCGAAUCAGACGCAAAGUCUAAAAAAAUAUCCAAUGCCAAGUCCAAGGAACUCAGUGGACAUGACAUAUUUGGCGCUCCUGCUGAAACUACGCCUCGUUCAUUGGCUGCUGCACGCACUCUGGAAUCGAAGGAAAGUAAAGAUAUGGGAGAACCAGCUCCUCGUAAUGUGCGCACAUCAGUUAAAGUUUCCAACCCUGCGGGUGGACAAAGCAAGAUCUUAAUUGGCGAGGAACCACCUAAGGCAUCAAAGAAGAUACAUGGCCAGAAGUUCGCAGAGUUAACAGGCAACAACAUUUUCAAUGUAGAAGCUUCGCCAGGAUCAGCGGAAAAGCCUCUGAGUAGGGCUAAACUGAGAGAAAUGACUGGCAGCAACAUAUUUGCUGAUGGACAGGCAGAAGCCAGAGACUGCUUACGUGGCGCUCGCAGACCCCCGGGCGGGGAAAGCAGCAUCACCUUGGUUUAAGUUAAAUAACGAUAAUAAUGUUGUAGUCACAUUUAGACGUGUAGGCAUUUUUACAGACUCAUGAGGACUUUCAUGUUAUUGACUUGAGCGGACAACGUGUGACCAUGACCAGUUCAUCACUUAUGAGAACUCUGUUUUUACGACUUCGAAGAUAAAGCAUGAUAUGGUUGGUGGCUCUUUAAUGCUGUUUCAGCGUU